AGUAAAACACAAACACCGAAGAGGACGACCAGACUCUCUCUGUACUUAAGUCAAUUCCUACUUCCACUACUACCAGCACACACAGAAAGAGAGGAACGAAACCAAAUGGAAACCACAAACGACGACGUCGGAGCCGAAACCGAUGCUGGACGAUCGAGGAGCUGGAGCAUGUGGCAUCCAGAUCAACUGAUGCAGCUGGUACUAGCAGAGUGGCAGAAGUGAAGGACAGAAAAUUUUCUAGGGAUGAAAUUAAUCAUUUGAUGGAGAUACUUCAUUCAAGGGUUGUUGAUUUUCCAAAUGUUGAGCAAGAAAAGGAACACUUAAGCGUGAUUGCUAGAGAUGUUGGAAGGCCCGCUACUGCCAUUGAAUAUUCAAGAAAGUCAACUGAAGAAAAGCAGGAAGAUUUGAAUACCGCUAUUUGGGGAACCUCAAAAAAUAAAAAAUAAAAAGAGAUUUUCAAGUGUAAUUCCAGGAGACGCUAGAAGCCCUGCAAUCCCUUUUGAAAAUUAAAGGAGGUCAACUGAAGAAAAGCAUGAAAAUUUGAAAUCCGCUAUUUGGGGAAAAUCGAUCCCUCUUGUCAAGUCAACUGUGAGUAGAACAAAUCUCCACAAUCAACUUGCAUUUUCAAUGCAGCUUGAGUUUAUAAAUUGCAUACUAUGUAUAUUAGCUGUGCAAGGCACAUGCUUCACUCAAUUCAUGUACUUUUUCAUGCAAAUCAAUCACUGAAUUUUCAUAUAUCAGGUAGGAUACGUGCAAAAGAUCAUUCUUGAGAUAGCGUAUACAUUACUUGGUUGCCUUUAGAACUUAGUCUUAAUAUACAUCUACAUGCACGCACGCACGCACACAGUACUAUAAUCUAUCUUUCCAGCAUCCUGUUCGAAUUAAGCCUUAAAGUAAAUAACUUGACCAAACUCUGACUUUAGAAAUUGUUAUUGCACCUGCUUAUGGGCGGGGGAUAGGACAUCAGUCCUUGACACUAUUUUUGACAGUGGCAUGGCUGUCCACUCACAUCCUCCAAGGAAGAACUUUCAUUUUUCUUUCGUUGGACCAAUUGGAAAGCUGCCAGAUGAUGUUGGAGCCUCGCCAAUUGAUAUUGCAAGGGCUUAUAUGGUAAACCGAAUAUCAGAAGUAGGCUUUGGCUCUAAGAGUUUAAAUGCAAAAGAUGAAGGGGCAUUAAUUCAUGACAAUCUGACUGCAUUCAAGCCAUUCAAGCCAUUUUCGCCAUCUCCUUCACCCAAGUCAUCCACAUGCUGGCCAGGUGCCACGGUACAGUAUCAGCAUGGGUUUAUGACUCCACAAAGUCAAAGAGAGAGAUUUGGGCCUCGCAUUUUCCCCCGAACUCCUUAUUCUAGAACUAGUUAUUCAAAGUCUAAGUCCCAGUUGCUUCAUUUACAAGGUGAUAAUGAUAGGCAUGUGAACAUGACAUCAUCUCCCUUUCAGCAGUCUCAAACUCCCGUUAUGGACAGGUGAAUUCAAGGGGCAAAACAGUGUAUGAUGGACAUGGAUCUGUUGGACCCAUUCAAAGGACUAGGAUACAGCUUAAAUUUGUUGCAGAAUCUCCUUCUAGAGGAUCUGCUAAUUAUCAUUCAACUUUAGACAGUCCUCAGGUGGAAAACUUGAAAGCUUUUGAAGGAUUAUUUUCUGGUGAAAAGAAGAAUAUUGAAACAGGAGGAACAAGUGGCCCUUCAUAAUUUCUGUUAGCAGAUAG